GCUUCCGAUUAUUGAGCACAGCGCGCUGUGAUGUGUCGGUGACACAAGUGAUUCACACUGACUGCACUGUCCACCGAGCUCUUCAGUCUUGACCCAACAGUCUAGUAUAAAGUAGUAAACCGACGUGAAUCGUGUGCCAGAGGAACACAAAUACCUCUUCCUCAGGACUGCACAGUCAUUUUCUUUUGCCGAUCCGAUCGCAUCAGCGACAUCGCACGCCUUUUUCAAAAUGCCGCAAGUUGUGGAUAAAAUGAGCAAGGAGAUUCGCACGGCGGCCUUCUGGCGUGCGUGCCUGGCGGAGUUCAUCGGUACACUGUUCUUCGUUUUCCUGGGACUGGGUUCGACCGUCACUACGGCCGCCGACCUUGUACGGAUCUCCCUUGCCUUUGGCUUGGCCAUCGCGACAAUGGUCCACUGUACGGCGCACAUUAGCGGUGGUCACCUCAACCCGGCAGUAACGAUCGGCUUUUGGGUCACUCAUGCCAUUACUCCCUUACGGGCCAUCCUCUACAUCGUCGCCCAGGUUCUUGGAGGAAUUGCCGGGGCUGGCAUCCUCUCUGGCUUAGCCGCGCCUGGUUGGAAUGGAGGUCCCACGAAGCCUGGUCCAGGCGUGAUGAACUACCAGGCCUUCAUCCUUGAAAUCUUCCUGACUUUCCAGUUGGUCUUUACCGUGUUUUCCACGGUGGAUCCAGACCGUAAAGGCUUCACCGGCUCCGGUCCACUUGCCAUCGGGCUUGCGGUAGCUCUAGGCCAUUUCGCUGGGAUCGAGCUCAGCGGUGCUAGUAUGAACCCUGCCAGAUCCAUUGCGUCGGGGUUCGUGUCCGGAGACUGGACCGCACACUGGGUCUACUGGGUCGGGCCGCUUCUGGGUGGGAUCUUGGCCGCUGGAAUUUACGACAUCAUCCUCGCUCCCACGGCCAACGCCAGUCGCCUGCGGAAAUGUGUCACGUGUAAGUACGACGCCAGCGAAGAAGAAGAACCAAGGGGAGAUAUCGACUUGAGCAUCGUGAACCACGCUCACGUGGCAGACGAACCCAAACUCUAGGACACCGGGGCUAUAUGUAUAGCAGUGAUCUUGAGUUCAUGAAAGAUCACGUAUUGUUAAAAAAAAAAUGGUUUGGUUUUUUUUAGGGGGGGGGGGUGCAACAGUUCUGUUUGAGGCGUUACAGAUUUAUGCUAGCCAUGAUCUCGUAAUUUGGAUUUCUUCCUAUUGACGAAUUAUUAAUGAAAACUUUAUUUUGAAAGUUAGCCACGUUUACUCCAUUUCGACUUUUUCUUUUAUGCGUCAUUGACACAGAUUUGACCUUUUCUAUGUACUUGGGGAACCGUCAGUGAGUUGAAGGUGAAUUAUAAUUAUGUAAAUUUUAUUCUGACGCUUCUGCAACAGUCACUAUAGAUGUGAUUGGCCGGCCGGCUGUCGCGCAUUAUAGCGACUCACGGUGAACAUGCGCAUCAAGCCAUAUGCAUAAUUAGCAAUGUCUUCAACCGAAACUUUAUACUGAAAAGAAAACCUUAAGCAUUGCGAAAAGAAGUUAAAUGUUUGAUUUUGCGAUAUCGCUCAUACUAGUUAGUCCACGACCAAAUUUAACGAAUCUCUCUCCAAGUUGUGAAAACAUUUCAGGCAUUACUUAAAUUGUAUAUAUUAAAUGAAUUGUUACAUAAUUAUCGAAUUAACAGACCCUAUUUUAUACAAGUCGAUAAUCGACAUGCAAUGUUCAUCUGUAUGUAUUAAAUGAGGUACGGAAAAUGCAAUCGCCAUAUUGCAGCCCAUUCCAGUUCAUCUGAUGACGCUUUAGCAUCGUUUUGUACCUAAAUUGCCCAAUGAACUAAUUUUUGACAGACAUUAAAUUUGGUUUUAUAGUGAAGAGCACAUGUUUAGACGGAUAGAGGGUGGGUUGGGAACAAUAUUAUCCAGACAAAAUAAGACUUCCUUUUCCCAUUUAGGGACCUUAACACGUAAACUAACUUUGUAUGUGAUUGUUGUAUUACUGCGAAGGAACUCAGUGUUGCAAUUACCUCAAACCAAACCAAAUCGUUCAUAUAUUUGAAUUCUCACACGAAUGUUAGUUCUCAAGCUUGGGGCAUAAAGACAAUAGGGCCUAAUUACCAAAUCCUCAUACGACAUCGAUGUGUGUAUAUAUCCAUGUAUCCUGGGUGAUUGAAUAUGGAAUUAAUUUAUCAGUUAAAGCAUGGAAGCGUGUUUUGAUGUAUAGGCUUGCUAACGAAGUUAGAAGAUUUUUGUAAUUGAACAAGACCGUCAUGCUUUGGGGAAAAAGUACAAGUUACACUAAGUGAAUUUUGAGCUAUGCAAACUGACAUCGGGUUGAAGAAGGAUUGGUUUUCAUGACUUUUCCUUGUUUUGUUUUCUUAAAAAAAUAAAUUUUGUUGUUCAUUGUUUAAGCCUAUGUGAAACGAAAAGCCAGUUUUUGUAUACUCUGUAAGAAUAUUUAUGUAUAUUGUAUAACUGUUACAGGUGUUUAUUUUUUGUUUAAGCUGCUUCGCUUUGGAACUAUAACAUUGGAAGUAAAACCAGCAGAAAUGGUUGCAUAUGAUGACGUCUUGCUAUGUGGAGGAUUGAAGUUGGUAUGAAAUAAUCUCCAAGUGGAUUGAAUAAAUUUUGUACAAUUAAAAUUGAAUGUAUGUUUUCUUGAUCUAAAGCUGUAAACAAAGAGCAUUAAAUUCGGUUAAAAAUUUACAGGGGUUGUACAGGGGGUUAACGUUAGAUUUUCAAUAAAUUUGGACGGAACAAUGAU